UUUUAUUCGGCCCAUUAAACCACUCCGGCAAGGCGAGGACGCUGGGAAGCGGCGCGGCACCCACGAGUGCCCCUCCGGCGAACGGCGGCGAUGGACGGGAGCGACGCCGACCCCGGGACGGGAAGCGGCGGCGGGGGGUUCGAGUGGGACGCGGAUUCCCAGCUCUACUACCACGCCAGUACUGGGUUUUACCAUGACCCUGUCGCUGGCUGGUACUACAGCAGCACAGAUGGUCAGUACUACAUCUAUGAGAAUGGAGAUUACGUGUUAUGGACUUCAGAUGCGGGCAAGGAACCCAGUGUACAGAGUCCAUGUGAUGAAGCUAGCCAAAGUUUCCUGGAAUCCUCUUCAGGACCGGAACCGGAUAUUCCACAUCAACCGCCAUCAGAAUGGCUGGAGGAAACACUAAUUAACAUGUAUUUAUCAGGAUACUCUAAUAUAGAGGUCAACACUGAAAAUUUACUAGGAGAAUCACAGAUAAGUGAGGAAGGCAAAAGUGAUGCAGUUGAGAACAAACUCAGUAACGUGGCUUCAGAUAAUGCAUCAGACUCUCUGAAUGAUGCUACAUUACAGCAAAUAGAAGAUAAAAUGCAAAUCGAGAGCUUCACAGUUGUGCAUGAAUCUUUAGGGGAAGAAGAAGAGAACUGGCUUUCUCAGUAUGGUCAAGUAGAGAGAGUAAAUGAUGAGCUGCCAUUGUUUCCGAGCGUUGAUCUUUGGGACUGGCAUAUGGUCACAGAACCUGUUAGCAAAGGUCAGCCCAUGACUAGGCUUGUGGGACGUUUAACUAGGGGUUCUAGUAAGCUUCAUCCUUCUCUGCCUGCUCGUGGUGGCCUUCUAAGAACCACUCCUGUUCGUGAAGUUCAUCUUGAUCUUGUACGUGUUUCAUCAGGGAAGUUGUACAGGCUGAGGAACCCAAGCAGAAAAUACCUGGCCUCUUUAUCAGCGUAUGACUCUUCGAACCCAACAAAAGAUUGGGCUUUUCCUGACCUAUAUGCCAACCCUAAUAACAAUUCAGAUAAGCAGUCUACUGCAUGUUGCCUGUCUGAUGUUGCUCAUGAAUCUUCUACCGGGGAAGGUGUUUCAGCUGCUAGUGGCAAGGAGCACAAGAUAAAUACUUAUAGGGACAGGGCUGCUGAGAGAAGAAAGCUACACCGCGGCUUAGGGAUAGGACCUGGGCAGAAGCAAAGUAACGGCAUGAGUUCUGAUGAAUAUGAAGAUGCAAUCGAGGACAUGGACUCCUUGGGAGCUGGACCAGUUGAUAUGAACUUAUGUUCCAGCGGUUUGAAGUCUGCGAAGAGAAUCAUGGAGAACAUGGGCUGGAAAGAAGGAGAGGCCCUUGGUAAAAGCAGACAGGGUAUUGUAGAACCUAUACAGCCUACUUUCAACAAACAUGGUGCUGGUUUGGGAUGGAAUCAAACCCGCUGAGAAGUUCUGAUCUCUGAACCCCUGUACAUGGUGAUUCCAGCCCACAUUUCUUUUACCUCCGGAGGAUAGGUGUAACAGAUUCAUGGUCAUCGCGGCAGUCCUGACUGUUCCAAGGACAUUGUAUUACUAAUGCAGUAAAGGCACCAGAGGAUACUGUGGAAAUUUGAAUUUCAGCAGCGGUUACCAUGGAUUGACGAAGUUCUUACUCCUUUUGUGACUAAUCUAUUUUGAUUUGUAAAUAUAACAAGAGAAAUCAUUUGAUGCGACGGUCAAAAUAUCCAUCUCCAUUUACUCUUUUAUA